AUGUCUGAAGAAGCGAAGCUGGACGGCCAUCACCGCCACCAUCACCAUCAUCAUGGCCACCAUAACCACGACCAGAAACAUCAACAGCAACAACAGCAGGGUGGCUCUUCGGCGCCUAACCCGGCCAACAGGAUUGGUAAAUACCAAAUCAUCAAGACUCUUGGUGAAGGAUCCUUCGGUAAGGUCAAAUUAGCUGAGCAUUUGACUACGGGCCAACGUGUUGCCCUUAAGAUUAUCAACAGAAAGACUUUGGCCAAGUCAGACAUGCAAGGACGUGUCGAGAGAGAGAUAUCUUACUUGCGUUUGUUAAGACACCCUCAUAUCAUCAAGCUUUACGAUGUGAUUAAGUCUAAGGAUGAAAUUAUCAUGGUGAUUGAAUACGCCGGUAAGGAGUUGUUUGAUUACAUUGUUCAGAGAGGAAGAAUGCCUGAAGAUGAGGCGAGAAGAUUCUUCCAGCAGAUUAUUGCUGCCGUGGAGUAUUGCCAUAGACACAAGAUUGUUCAUCGUGAUUUGAAGCCAGAGAACUUGUUGUUGGAUGACCAUCUCAAUGUCAAGAUUGCCGAUUUCGGUUUGUCUAACAUUAUGACUGACGGUAACUUCUUGAAGACGAGUUGUGGUUCGCCAAACUACGCCGCACCAGAAGUCAUUUCUGGUAAAUUAUACGCUGGUCCAGAGGUCGAUGUCUGGUCUUCGGGUGUUAUCUUGUACGUCAUGUUGUGUGGUAGAUUGCCAUUCGACGACGAGUUCAUCCCAGCAUUAUUCAAGAAGAUCAGCAAUGGUGUCUACACUUUACCCAACUACUUGUCUGAUGGCGCUAAGAACAUCUUAACCAGAAUGUUGGUUGUGAACCCACUCAACCGUGUGACCAUUCAUGAGAUCAUGGAGGAUGCUUGGUUCAAGCAAGGCAUCGAAGAUUACUUGUUGCCUCCAGACUUGUCCAAGACAAUUCACAACAAGAUUGAUAUUGAUGAAGAUGUAAUUAAUGCCUUGAAUGUUACAAUGGGAUACGACAGAGACGAAAUUUUGAAUGUGAUCAAUUCGUGCAACAAGCAGCAAUACCCACAGCAACAAUCCAAUGAGAUUCUCGAUGCUUACUUGUUGAUGAAGGAGAACCAUUCACUCGUGAAGGACUUAAAGAAGAACAACAUUGAACACAUGGAUAACUUCUUGUCAUCCAGUCCUCCACCAUCGUGGUCAUCUCCACAAGGAGAAGACGCCACUGCAACACAUAGAGCUCCAGGUGUGCUGCAAUCGCUCACAUACCAAACUUUGGCUACUGUCCCCGACUUGUCAACGUUACCCAAUUCUACUAUCGCCAUUCUCCCAUCGUCAUUACCUUCAAUUCACAGAGCAUCUAUGAUGAACCAUUCCGAACAAGGGUCCAACAAGAUUAACCCAGUGUCUUCCAAGAAACUGAAGACCAAAUGGCAUUUCGGUAUACGGUCUAGACUGUACCCAUUGGACGUUAUGGGUGAGAUUUAUAGAGCAUUAAAGAACUUGGGAGCCGAGUGGGCCAAACCUACAGAGGAAGAGUUGUGGACCAUCAGAGUGCGCUGGAAGUACGGACCCUGUUUGGUGGACGAGACGGUGAAGGAGGGAGAGUCAGUUCCACCUGCUUUGAUGAAAAUGCAGAUCCAGUUGUUCCAAUUGGAGCCUAACAAUUACCUUGUUGACUUUAAGUUUGACGGCUGGGAGAGCACGUCUAACCAAGAAGGUAAAUCUUCGGCAAAACAGGACGUUGAUGAAAUGAGUUCAUUCUCUGCUUAUCCAUUCUUGCAUUUGGCUACAAGAUUAAUCAUGGAGUUGGCGGUGAAUUCUACUCAGGCCCAGUGA